AUGGAGGAAUUGAUUCGGCGGCUUGAAUUAUGGCUUAUCACGGCGAUGCGGCAAGUUAUACAUCUUCGAGAUGUCGACUUCAUAGUAGCGAAAGGAUAUAUGGUUGUGAUACACACAAAACGAUCAAUGACGCUCCAGUCUGUGCUUGUCAAAAUUGGAACCCGACAAACCAAAGAGUAA